UCACUAAAAAAAUACCGUACAAAACAUUUUGAGAAAAAUUCCGUCGCUUUUUAUUUGCUGUUGCUGUUAAAAAAACCAAUUAUACUUGCUAAAUUAACGGUUAAUCGGUUUCUAUGAAGGGUUUUAUGCGUAAUUAGAAAGUGCGCUCAGAACGCGUGGCGAAAACGGAUUGGAAAACAUUUUUUCAUCAUUGCGCGUGUGUGUGUGUGCGUGUGUGCCACAGAAAGUUGCAAGCCUAGAGCUAAAUAGGCGCACGGUUGUUAAAUAUUCCCCGUGCUCUCUCGCUUUAUGCAAUAACAAAACCUGCAAAUUCCCCCAUUAAGCGUAAAAAUGUGAAAAAAAAAUUAAAAAGGAAAAAAAACCAAUGGGAAUUUCUCAAUGUUGUGUCAAUACAGCGAGAGCGAUGUACGAAAAGUCAAAAGCAAAGGAGAGGAGAAUGGAAUAACACAAAAAAAGAGCUGAGCCACAGCAAAGAAGCAAGAAGAAACGCGAAGCAGGGGCUAAAAGAAAAAUCGAAAUAAUAAAAAAAAAACCCGCACGCAAGUGUGUGUGUAUGAGCGAGUGAGAUUCUGUGCGCGUGUGAGUGUUAAUGUAUGUGUGAGAGAGUGAAACGUAUAAAUAAAAUUCAGCCAAAUGCAGAAGCCAACAACAAAAUGGAUAACAAAACUACACAGUUGGAUUUUAAAUUACUGGUGGAUCAAUCACUAAAUCUACUGGACAGCCUCAACACGGCAUUGCGGUGCGAUGCUAUUCAAUUCUUGCUGCAGACGCUUAAGUGCAAGUACCCGGAGGCCUGCGACCAAGUCGUCAGGAAUCUGUUCAGUCACAUAGCUGCAGCCAAUGACAAUGGCGGGACAGGAGGAAGGGGGCAGCUGCAGGAGCUAGCGAGGGCGAAGCAGCUCCAGCUGCUGUUGACCGCCAAAAAGGAGAAGAAGGAGCCUGGAACAGGCUGCGAGGCAGAAAUCAAGCGGGAGAACGAUGAGGAGGAGGCGGGAUCGACGGAUCUGAACCAGAACUUCGAGAAAAUCCUUUGCAAGGAGGAGUUUCUUUGUCUCGAGGAGGAGGAGGAGGAUUUUCUCGAUGAUGCGGACACCCAGAACUCGUCUUCCCUGCAGUUCCAUGCCGGCAACAAUGUGGACGCCUUGGCCUUGGGCCCUGGCGAUCCACUGGACCUGAUCCAAUCUGGUGUUUCGCUGCAGGUCAAGCGGAAGUAUGCAGCCACCUUUGAAGACGAUGAUCAUCUAGGUGCGGACGAGGAGGCGAACAGCAACAGCAGCGACGGCAAGCUUAUCAAGAGGAAGCGCCCAAACAACAUGCACCUGACCGUGACAAGUGUGCGACGGAAAGAGGAGCAAAGCCGGCUAGGAGAGGGCUACGUCUUCCAUGAGGACAGCCAGUACACGAUGCGGUAUCACCAUAGCACAGGCGAGUUCAGCGAGCGGGCCUUCAAGGCCCAGUUUCGUGCUCUGCUCCGCCUUGCGCUCAGCCAGCACCACAAACCCUUCCUACGGCAGUUCUACGAUAACUUUGUUAUAAACGGCCGCUUGCUGGGCACCACUCCAUCGACACGGGUUUUGAAGGAGCUACGUGAGCAGCGGAUAGAGGAGUGGCGUCGUCACCGAGAACGACGUCAAUUGGUCAUCCUGAUGAAGCAAGAUGAACUGCAGCGAGAUGAGGAGAUCCAGCAGCAUCACCAGACUCAGGAGGAGAUCCAACAGCAACAGGAGCAACAGCAGCAGCAGCAGCACCUGGAGGAGAUUCAGCAACAGCAUAUAGAAGAGAUUCAGCGGCGGCAUCAACUGCCGGCCAUCUCGUUUGGCGACUCCGAGUUGGAGUCAGAAACGGAAUCGCAGCUGUCAUCGGCUGCCCAAGAGAUUAUGAAAUUCGAGGAGUUCAUUGACGAGGGUGUAGGCGCUGGUCGUCUGAUCGAUGGUCUGGAGAUGGAACCCGAGAUCGAUGACAUGCUAGCUGGCGCCGGCAGUGCCUUGGAUAGUGUGAACAGCGCCAGCGGACACAGUAGCAACAGCAGUAGCAGCGGGAGUGGUAGCGGCGGUAAUGGAAACGGCAUCAGCGGGGUGAUCUUGGAGAACAAUAGUCAUCAUUCGCAUCACCUAAGUAGCAGCAGCAGCGCAAAUCUUGUGAUUAACGGCCUUACGUCAAGCAAUAGCAUCAGCAACAAUAAUAAUAAUAACAACAACAAUGUCAGUUUACACCGCCCUCUACUGACGCCGCAGUCGCAGAAUCAGUUGGUUUCGUCGAUGAAACCGUCAGACCAUGGUCCCAUGUCAAUGCCCAUGGAUAACCGGGAUCUUAAAGGCGGCCCGAGCCUUGGAAAUGCCAAUCUUAUUCUGCCAGGCGGUAGUAGUGGCCUCCCCAGCCAGAUGCAGCUUCACCAGCAACAAAAGCACUACAACUCAAGCAAUAAUCCCCUGACGAUGAUGGGUGGCAUGAUGCAGCAGCAGCAGCAUGUGGGUAUGCCGCACCAACAGCGCCAGAUGAUGAUGAUGCCGGAGGAUUUCCCCCCACACGGAGGCUCAAUGAUGGGUAAUCGUCAAAUGCCGGCUCUGGCUGCUUUGUCGAAUCUGGGUGACACACCUGCGAAUAGCGGGCAGCUGAACUCCUCCCUGGAGCUAGACGACAAUGACCUGUCACCGGACGAGGACGACGACGACCUGGACCACGACCUGGACGAACUGGAAGCUGCCAAGCAGCAGCUGAUUGAUGGCGGAAGCAGCAGUAGCACUUCUCUGCAGGCUCCGCCAUCGCAGCACGGUAGCGGCAGUGGAGGCAGUGGAGGUCAGACGCCCGGCAGCAAAAAGGACAAGCCUAGCUAUAAUUGUCUGCUAUGCCCCAAGUCCUAUCGCAAGCGAAAGUCGCUACUGGACCACUACAAGAUGCAUCCAGGAUACUGCCACGACUGUGGUCAGCGUAACGGAAAUACGCUGGAGGAAAUAAUCCAUCACAACCGGACGAUGCAUGUGAAGGAGUUCCCGUUUGUGUGCGAGACGUGUGGGGAGUCGUACUCACGGAAACAGCAGUUCCACGCACACGUGGAGUCGCACAACAAGAAGGAAAUCAAAACCUUUCCGUGUGGCGAGUGUGGGUUAAAAUUUCCACAGAAGAAACUGCAGCAACACUUUGAAGAGACUGGCCACAAGGCCGACGGGGCCAUUUGCGAGGUGUGCGGCGAGGAGUUUCAGUCAAAGAACGCUCUUUACCAGCACAUCAUUCGCGUCCAUAAGCGCGACAACUUCUUUGAGUGCCACAUUUGCCAUAACCGCUUCACGCUAAAAGCCAAUCUAGAGCGGCACGUGCAGCUGCACACCGAGAUCAAAAGGCCCUACGUGUGCGAUCUGUGCGGCUCGUCCUACUUCACAUAUCCCGCACUUAAGGAGCAUUAUAGCAACGCCCAUGUUGACGUGUCAGAGUGCAAAUGCACGCUGUGCGGCAAGCGCUUCGGUUCAGCAAAGUCGCUGCAGCGCCACCUGCCGUCGCACUCCGAGGAAAGGCCGCACUGUUGUAACUAUUGCGAUCAGACAUUCAAGUGGAAAACACAUUUGGUCCGCCACAAGCAGACGAUGCACGGAAACGAGCCGCCGCCUCCUAAAAAGGGAAAGCAGCGCUUUCCCAAGGGGAACGAAGAAGCAGAAAUGGCUAGCUUGCCGGAUAUGCCGGGGCCGCCACCUGUGAAAGCCAGCAAAAAAGCAGUUACCAGCAAGGCGAAAGCGCAGGCAGCAGCCGCCGCAGCAGCAGCAGCAUCAUCCUCUCAGCAACAACAGCAUAAGGGUUCGGCGGCCACACCGACACCGCCACCGCCGGUCUCCACCACUCCAGGAUGCUUGCAACAAGACCAAUUCAAUGCGGCCAUGGUUAGCAGCAAUAGCUCGCAAUCGUCCACGGCGUCCACGUCACAGCACUCGGUGUCGACGAGUGAAUCUCAGCAGAAUUCCAUGUACAAUCAGAGCUUUAAUCCGGAUAAACAGCAGCCAGGACAGCAGCAGCCCCAAAAUUCGUUGCAUCAGCAACAUCCGACGCCGCCGCCGACACAGCAGCAGCAACAACAACAGCAGCCGCCGCCGCCACAGUCCCGCGUUGCACCCGGAGAAUUGCAUCUGCAGCGCAUGAAUAGCUUUGGUCAGGAUGGACAAUUUCACUUUGAGUCCAAUCCGGCAGCUGGUGCUUAUCAGCAGCAUCAACUGAUUAGCCAGUAUCAGCAGCAACAGCAACAACAGCAACAGCAGCAACAGCAACAGCAACAACCUCAGCAGCAGCAACAGCACCAUCUAGCCCAACAGCAGCAGCUCAUGAGGAGUCACACGCCCCAGAGUCCACAUCCGCCACAUCCUUCACAAAUGCAGCAACAACAGCCGCAGCAACACUUUAGCUCCCCUCACCACAUGCCGCCUAUGCAUCAUCAACAUCAGUUAAUGAUGCAGCAGCAGCAUCGUCACAACCAGCGCUCGCCGCUACACCAUCAUCCUGCAGCCCAGCAACUGCAACAGCAGCACCAGCAGCCAUCGCAUUCGCCGCAACAUGCAAGACUGCAGUCGCCACAACCUGCUCCAGUACAACAACAGCAACAGCAGCAGCAGCAACAGCAACAACAACAGCAAUUCCUGCAGCAACAGGCUACCGACAGUUGGGGCAACAUGAACUUUGGCAAUCCGCCCAACAACCAGCAGGUUGAGCUUAAAGAUAACAAAUUCUACAUUGUGGAAUCGCCCGAGUUCCUAGGGCUUCCAAUGAAUGUGCCGCCUUCUCCACAGCAGCAGCAGCAACAAGCAGUAAGCAAACCCCAGCAGCAGCAGCAACAGCACCCCCAACCCCAGCAAACAGAUCCAACUCUCGCUGGCGAUCUGAUGAGCUUCCAGCAUAUGUGGCCGGCGCCUGGGUUUAGUCAAUCUCCACAGCAGCAGCAACCUCAACAGCAACAGGCAGCGCAACAACAACAGCAGCAGCAGCAACAAUCGCAAAGUCAGGCGAAUUCAAGUGAUCCCCACAACUACAACAACAUCGGCAGCAUACUCACGAAUCUCAUUGACACAAAUCCCGCGCCAAUGGAAUAUAACUUCGACUUGAUGCAGCAGCAACAAACGACGGCAUCGCAACAACAGCAACAACAGGCGGCGCAGCAGCAACAUCACAAUGCCGGAGGCUAUGCGAGCGGUUUGAUGCGCAGUGGAGGCGGCGUUUACGGUGGAGCCUACGAGCAGCACUUGAACGACCAGCUGGUCAGUGAACAGCAAAAACAGAACAGCUUCCAACCCUACCACCCACAUAGUCUACAAGCGCAACAGCAGCAACCAUUGCAUCCGCAUCUUUUGCCCCCACCAGCUCCGCAUGGCAAUGUCUAUGACCGGACUGGGGUUGGAGUCGGUGUCGGGGUAGGCGUAGGUGUGGGCUAUCCCAUGCUGGGAGACGAUUCGAAGGGCGUGCUGCCGCCGAUGAUGGGUGGUAUGAUGCAGCAAAUGCCCCCUCAUGGCCAGCAACCAGAUCUAAUCUAUUACCCAGUGAAGAACGAUUGACAGUCGAAGAAUCAGCAGCAGCAAGUCCAGCAGCCGAAUCACCAUCACCACCAUCGCUGGUGGACAGAGCCAGCCAAGAGAGGCGAUGUUUUUCAUUAAAGAAACAAACGAAAACAGGAAAAGGAAUACGGAACAAGUUCGCAUAGAUUGUAAGUGUAGGGGGGA